CAGCUGUAGCCCCGCUGGGGUGGGUCUCAGGGACGGGGUCUUCGCCUCCCUUCUCUCCCUGCGCCCGCAGGGUGCCCCCGCCCCAGGUGGGGGGUGUCUCCGCUUUCCCUCUCCCGAACCUGCCCCCCUCCCGCCUGGUGCGGUCUAGGGUCCCGGGAGCCAGCGGCACCGCGUUCCCGAGCGCCGGAGCGGGACCCCGGCCAUGGCGGCGGCCCCCAGCGGCCCCAAGGAGCUCCCCCGGCGCCGCAGCGCCAGCCAGAUCUGCCCCCCGCCGCGGCGGCCCAGGACCCUGGCCGAAGUGCAGCCGGGCAGCGAGAACGAGCGGCUGGGGGUGGCCCGAGACAGCAUGGUGCAGAACCCGCUCAUAGCCAAGGCAGAACUAGGAAAACCUCGGAGAAGCUGCUACACUCUUCCAGGCUAUGACUUUGCAUAUGGGUUAUACCUUCAUGGGGCUGACGGAGGAGUACCUGAAGCGAUAGGUCACUGGCAUUCGAUGAAACCCAGGCCCCCUUCCCCAAGGGAGAUGCCACGGAAUUACAUUGCCAUGAACCGUGGGGCUCUUAAGGCUGGUUACGUCACAGCACGUGAAUACAACCUGUACCGCCAGCUCAAAGACAUCCGCUGCAAUGAAGAUAACGAGAGUCGUUUUAAAAGAGCCCCCCCAAAAGUACCUCCAGAUAUGACCUAUGGAAUUCUAGCACGGCCUUCCACUCCCUUCUUCGACCUUCUCCAGCACAGGUACAAGGAGGUGUGGAUGGAGCAACAGAGGGCAGUAGCCAUGGCCCAGCAAGUGGGGAAAAAAAAGAAAAGGAAAGUCUAUGAAACUCGGACCACGCUUCUCAGAAAACAACAACCGCCUGUGAAAUUGGAUUCCCUUUGGCACAUGCCCCACUUCCAGAAGGUUGGUCCUCAUCUCAGUACCUUUCCAGACCGUGACGCUCAUAAAAAGGCGUUCAGUGUCUACCACUCAGAAAUACCUGUGAGAUGUGGUCCCCUUGCCCAGGGCAUAUAUACAGCCGCCUGAAAGCUCCACAGAAGUCAAUGAUUGAACAAUGUAACAUGUUAGAAUACUAUGUUAGCAAUAUAAGAUAGAUUUUUAUUCUAGUGUACAAUUAUUUUUUCAAGUUUAGAAAGGCUACAUUCAUGUUGAUGUAACUGAAUAAAUCAGAACAUUUACCAGUUUCUGGCUUCCAUAUACAUUUCUUCACUAGGAGCAUACACAAGCAUUUUAACCAAUCUUAUCAUAUCAAAUAAGAACAUAAGAACGGCCCUACUGGGUCAGAUCAAAGGUCCAUCUAGCGCAGUAGCCUGUCUUCUGACAGAGGCUAGUGCCAGGGGCAAUGAACAGAACAGGGAAUCAUCAAGUGAUUGAUCCCCUGUCGCCCAUUCACAGCUUUUGGCAAACAGGAAAAAAAAUCCAUUACUGUGGUCAGGUUAAUAAUGCCACAGUGCAUUUCUCCCUUGGAUUCAAAAUGGUAGCACAAAGCCACCCUUACCAGCUUGAUUACAUAGCAUGACGACACUGAAGAUAGCUCUUCUUUCCUUCAUAGUACAUUAGACAGGAGUAACGUUCCCUGAUUUAUAUCUUAUCACUGAUAUAAUUUUUCCAAUAUUUUCCAAUUGAUAAAUAAGUCCUCCGGUAGGCCCAACCUCAGAACAGCACUUAAUGGUGUAUUUAACUUCAAUAGGACUUAAGUACGUGCUUAAAUACUUUGCUGAAUUGGGGCCUCAGUGCAAAGUAACUCUUUACGUGGAGCCAGACAAUGAUGACAUUUGUACUUGAUUAACUCUUGGCUCUUUGUAGCAAUCAGGCCUGUCCGUUUUCCACAGGGCUGCCAAAUGAAUUUACAAGCUCGCCCAACCUCAGUACGAGUAAUGGCUAUUAGUAUUAUUUCCUAUACACAUUACAGUAAUGCACUUGGAUGCCCCAUUGUGCUAGACACUGUGCAAACACAUAUGAAGACCCAGACCUGCCCCUAAAGAGCAGCAAUAACACUGGCAAGUUAAAAAAAAAGGCCACUCCCAGUGGGAUGCAUCACCUUAAGGAAGUGCCUCUCAAUAAUGGGUCUGAUCACUUCAAUUGCUCUUCUGAAAAACUGUUCCCUGCAUAAUGAAUCACUCCUGUGUUUUCUGCUUCUCAGCUCUAUUAACAUGUCUCACCUUG